AGGAAUUCUGUAUCUACACCAGAGUAGGGAUUUAUCAUUCGUUUAUUUUAAUUGUAUCGCUCAUUAGGAUUACAUUACGAAGCAUGAUUCAGUAUUUAAUCAUAUAAUUCCUUUGCAGAUUCAUACCAGGCCCAAGUUCAGGCAGCAUGGCAGAAGAGCUGGAACCAAACCCAGAGCCUGCUUCAGAAUCUGCGGUUAGAGAGCGCGGACCUCUCAAGUCUUGGAGACCCGAGACGAUGGCUGAAGCUAUUCACGCUGUGCUGAAGGAAGGCCUGUCCCUGUCUCAGGCUGCCAGGAAGUAUGACAUCCCGUACCCAACGUUUGUGCUUUAUGCCAACCGCGUGCACAACCUGCUCGGGCCUUCCAACGAGCCGGGGGACAUGCGACCGAAGGGCCGAGGACGUCCGCAGAGAAUACUGCUGGGGUGCUGGCCCGAGGAACAGAUCAAGGGCGUGAUCAGGGCCGUUGUGUUCAGAGACACCUCAGUGUUCAGGGAAAAUGAGCAUAAGGAAAACAAGCAGCCAUCUACACCUAAGGUGCCACGGCCGGAUGAUCCAGCCAAUGCUCUGAUUAAGCCCAAUGGACCCAUGGUUCCCAACACUUCAGGCAUCCUCCCCAAUGCAUCUGGAGCUCUACCUAACACCUCGGGCAUUUUACCCAACACCUCGGGUGUUAUACCCAACACCUCGGGCAUUUUACCCAACACCUCGGGCAUUUUACCCAACACCUCGGGCAUCUUACCCAAUACCUCAGGUGUUCUACCCAAUGCUUCAGGUCUUCUGCCUAAUGCAGCUGGACUUCUGCCACCAUUUAUGCUGGAUACUCCUGACAAUGGUAGUCUUUCCACUGCUCCAAGCACUCCAGCCCCAUCUACUCCAGCCCCAUCUACACCUGCACCA